AUGGCAGACAACGAUGUAGUAGACUUCUUAAAAGCUUGGGACCUAGUGAAAUACAUCGACAUAUUCCGUGAAAAUGAAAUUGAUAUGAAAACUUUAUUGCUAUUAACUGAAGACAUGAUAAAAGAACUAGUCCCAGUAAUUGGACACAGAGCACGAUUAAUUUCAAAUUUACAUGAAUGGAAAGCUAUAGUACAGGGAACAACUGAUUUACAUGACCCACUUGAUAUUGAACCCCGAGACAAUAUUGGCAGUAUCCUUCUCGAGUUGACACAAACUGAUACCAGUAAUUCCAAAGACUAUCAGCAUAUUCCUUUUACAUCUGUUGAUACAACCGCAUCAACUCCAUCAUGUACUCUGCAAGUAGAAACAACUGAAGAGGUUUCAGAUGAUUUUGAUGCGUUCUCUACAAAUGUUUCACAAAAAUCAUAUGAAAAUACACUGAUAGAUCUACUUCAAAGUGCUAAUGAAGGCAAAGCAUUAUUAGCUACAUAUCAAAAAAAGGGAUUAUUGGACAGCAUAGGCCGUAGACGCCUAUGUAAUUUGAUUAUUAAUAAAGAGCUAAGAGAUGAUGUUAAUAAACGAGUCCCAUCAUCUAGGCUACAUGAACUAACCUAUCAAAUUACACUUGUAUUCAGUCAAGAACGUUCAGCAGUCUAUUUUAUUCCGUAUCUGUCGUAUGGUCCCGGCUUAAAGAGGGCAGCCAAAGGAAAGUUGUUGGACUGUUUAAAUAACAGAAGGAGGGACUAUAGAAAAUCAGGAAUCAUUAAUACCUCACGCCGUAGUUCAACAUCUUCUUCUGGUCCGUCUUCUCCAACGGAAGUAUCUAGUGGGCUUAACCGAUUUGUGACCAUCAACCCUCAGGAAGAUGUAGAAGAAAACCAGAAGUGGUUGAGAAACUCAAGUGAUCCUUGGAAGUUAGUAGAAGAAAAUUGGGAUAAAACUGUUCAUAUCCGUUUGAACAAAAUUGCUUCAAAAGAUGGACAGUCUAUAGUACAGUACAUGACAGAGUAUCCUGCUUUGAAAAAACCAACUGGUUAUCUUCUUUUUUUAAAGGACUUUGAUAUAGCAUUUCCAAACUCAUCUGAUAAGCUAUAUCAACAUUUGCCGCUUUACAAAAGGCGAAUAUUUGAGUUGGCAGUUGAAAAAAUUAGGAAAUCAAAAGAACUUGACACUAAUGAACUAUUGAACAGUUAUUUACAGUUUGAUGUUGUAGACAAAGAAGAAACAUCAAAUAUUGCUGCUUUUCUAUGUCUCCCGUUCAUCAUUGGUGUCAAUAGUACAAGAGCUAAAAAAUCAAAAGCACUGUGGCGACCUUCUAAACUCGAAGCCAGAGAUGGUUUCAUUACACAUGUGAAAAGUGAUGCUGAAAUUCUUGAAACGGUCACUAGAAGAAGGGAAAAGUUGAGAACAUUUGGACAGACAUUGCAACCUUUUAUUAUAAUUGUUGGUCCAACGAUUAAUGAAAUAUCCAGUUACUUGGUAGUAGUUGACAAUACUUAUUAUCGCCUUAAUACAAUAAUUGCAGCAGUUGAUUGUUGCUUUAAAGUUAUUUUAACACUAAACGCCGAAUAUCCCUCGGAAUCUGCAUUAAUUUGGUGUUUUAUUCAAAAGGGAUUUUACAAUAUCACUACUCCAUGGGAUAAAAAUUAUACUAUUGUGAAUGCACUUUUUUCAGAUAUUAAUUGUUUACCUUAAAGUUAAAUAUUAAUUAUAAUCUAUAAUUUUCAAUAUGCCCACUUGU